AUGUCGUUGGUAACACCGCUGUAUUUCAGCGCUAUUCAACCGAAUUUUUACAGGGGAUCUAACCCAAGGGAGAUCAACAUACCAUUUCUUAUAACGCUUGGACUGAAAUACAUCGUGUCGUUAACACCCGAACCGCUAAACAAUGAUCCUGUCAUGGAGGUUUUUUGCCGGGAAAAAGGUAUCCAGAACAUUCACAUUGAAUGCAGCAAUGAAAAGGGACCCAAGGGCCCCAAAGACAAGUCUAAGACUAAAGUAAAACGUAAGAAGAAAGCGGUCCCCAUCGAGUACGACGUGGUAGUACAAUGCGUCCAAUUUUUGAUAGACAAAAGACACUAUCCAUGCUACAUACACUGUACGAACGGCGAGCUGGUCACUUCGCUUGUGGUGGCAUGUCUUCGAAAGUUGUCAUACUGGAGUACUGUGUCCAUAUUCAACGAGUAUUUGACGUACAACUCUAGCAUCAACCUCCACGAGCGCGGGUUCAUAGAGAAUUUCAAUCUAGAAAUAGACAUCAAUGAUUUGGAGAUCAAGGACAAGGUGCCCUGGAUCACCGUGCGUGCCAGUGACGUUUCUGAAUCGAAGCAGCGGGGAAACUCUAUCCAAAGCAAGCAAAGCAAUGUCAAGCGUGUCGCAAGCUUUCCAGGAAUGCUUCCCAGACUCAAUUUUCAUAGUGUUAAGAGUUAA